UCAUCACUCAACAAGUGUAAAGGCAUAGGAUAAAGAAAAGUAAAGUUAUUUAGGCAAAAAUAGGAAGUGAUGGCAAACAAGUUGUCCAUAGUUAUCCUUUGCCUUGCUUUGGUAGUGGUACACACCACAGCAUCAAGAGACAUGCCAAGUGACAAUGGUCUUUCUGACCAAAAGAAUGUUUUUGUAGGCGCUGGAGGUAUCGGUGGCAUUGGAAGCAAUGGACUGCCUUUUGGUGGAGUUGUUAGCGGAGUAGGUGGCGAUGUUGGUGGAUUUGGUGCUGGAAUUGGUGGUGGAGCUGGAUUUGGUGGAGGAAUUGGGGGUGGUGGACUAGGUGGAAUAGGUGGAGUAGGAGGACUAGGUGGUAUUGGUGGCGGUGCUGGUGGUGGUGCAGGAAGUCUUCCACUUCCAUGAAGAUUAUUCAUCACUUUCAUGUAACUAAGUUUUAUUCUUAUCUUUAUAAUUAGUUCAAAGUUUGUUUCAUGCAUGUCAAGUUUGCUAGCUACUAGUGUGAGAAAAGAGUGAUUUUUUUUUCUUUUUUUGGUUGUUGAUGUUUGGAUUUAUUCAUAUUGUAAUGUUACGUGAUUUUUCCCGUGUUCAAUGAAAUGUAAGUGUUAUUGCACUUCUUUAAUUUCUUUUAAA